UUGUUUUUUUUCUUUCUCUAAGUAGAAACACACCCCGUUCGUUCAUUCACUCGGGGGUGUACAGUCGUUGUCACUUGUCACUGGUGUGGGUCUAUCGAGAAUAACCAUAAUCCGAUCUUUGUCCCAUUCCAGAGAGAGAGAGAGAGACAGAGAAAUCGCAGCCAUAGAUUCCUAAUCCGCUCCCACUUCUUGUCCAUUAUUUAUAUCCGUCGAUCGCUUACAAUUUCUCUCCCUUUUGGAACCAGAGGGGUUUAGCGAGAGAGAGGUGAGAAGAUUUAUGUCGGCUGAAUUGGUUGCGAUUGGGGCUCCAUUGAAGCUCUGGAUUUCCUCCUCUUCCGUCUCCUUCUCCGCUCUCUGCAUGCGACAACGCCUCUGCUGUCUCCCCCAGCAGACAACCCACCUGUCUUUCCCCACUGUUUCGAUGCGUUUGAGGCCAAAGAGGACUUGUUCUGGAGUAGAGUUCUUUGGGGGUUUUCACAUAAAGCAUUUCUUCUAUCUCUUCUUGUUCUUGAGACGGCCUCACUGGUUAAAUCUCUAUAAUCUUGAUUAGUGAUUCCCUUUCCUUUUCUCCUUCUUCUUCCCUUUCCUUUUUCCGGUUUCCAAACAAGGACUUACCAAGAUUUGGGGGUGUGACGUCAGCCGAAAAUGGCGAAACCAAAGAACAAGUCAGUUUCCGCUUUUGAAACCACCAAGAUGAAGAAAAUCCGUGUAAUCUGUUACGAUCCGGACGCUACGGAUUCCUCAUCCGACGAGUCAAAUCCCCACCCGUACGGACCGAAACGCAUGGUCCGCGAAAUAACCCUGCCUUUCGCCCCUGUGAAUCGGCCCGUUAAAAGAGACCCCGAAACAGAGAGUUCUUGCCAAGACAGCAACAACGGGGAAAAAGGAAAAGAAAAAGAAAAUGCACCGAAAAGCAAGAGAGGGGUUUCGAACCCGAGCCGACGGCUGUCGACGGGUUCGAAACACAAGGGCGUCCGGCAGCGGAAGUGGGGGAAAUGGGCGGCGGAGAUUCGGGACCCGUUCAUGAGGAAGAGGGUCUGGCUGGGCACCUACAGCACCGAGGAGGAAGCCGCCAGGGCCUACGAUACGAAGAAGCUCGAAUUCGAAGCCGUGGCCCCGGCGGCGUGCUCGGAGGAUUCCGAGAGCUUGUUGUCCCACACGUCCCCGUCCUCGGUCCUCGAGUUGGACUCGAUGGCAUCGGCCUCGAAUUCGAACCUAAACGGGAAAUGUGACGGGAUGUCCUAUGGAACAGUGAGAGAUUUGGCGGGUGCUGAGACUUAUCUUGAUCAAGCGCCCAUGGAGGAGGAGGCAUUGAUGGGUCAAAUUGGGGAUGAUGAUGGGUUUGAUCUGGGAAUGGACUUUGAUUCGUUGUUUCUUGAUGAUCUCGGUAACAUGUUGGGCGAUUUGCGUGGGCUUGACGAUGUCAAAUUAGCAGGGUUUGACGACAGUGAGCCCAGCGAUCUUCCGGAUUACGAUUUCGAGCUCGCCGAUGAAGAGCAUGCCUGGGCUGAUGAACCCCUCAAUGGGGGCUUAAUCCCCUAAUUCAAUGAGUUUUGCAGCUAGUAGGAAUAUGGUUUUAUAUAGAUAUACUAUUAUAGUAUAUAGUUUUAGAGAGUCUCAAGAACAUAAAAUAAGUUCUUGAGUGGCUUUUUGAGCUGAGUUUAAUUUGUUGGUUGAAAUUGUAUGGAGAGAAGUCCUUGGAUUUUCCUUUUGCUACUUAAUAGAGCCGUCCAAAGGGUCUUUGUUUCUCUCCUUGAAAGUGGCAGUAAGAAAUGUUGCUUGACUUGAGCUUAUUUUACCAUUACAAGUUUUGCUCA